CUUCCCCUUUCCCCAAAGUUUAAAACUGGCAGUUGGUUUUCGAGGCAAACAAGGUGCCAGGAGGUUUCCAGUGUUUACAAAUAUCAAGUACAGCUUGAACAGGAAAGCAUAGAUGUAUUUUUAGUUGCUUUGCUUGUCGCUAAAGCUAAGCAACCAUAAUGUGUUUACCUCCAGAAAAAGCUUCCGAGUUAAAGCAGAUAAUACAAAACCAUCUGCUGAAGAUGGACAUCCACGGGAAGAUCCGAGAGGUGCUGGCAGAGACUAUAAAGGAUGAUCAAGGCUCAGGGCAUCAACAUCUGUCUGAGGCAGACUUUGUUCAAGCUCUCCAACGAAGAGGCAUCAUCGACAACGUGAUGAAAGACCUCCACUUUACCCAGCAAAAUGCUACAAAUAUAGAAGCAGAAUCUCCUCCCAAGCCUGCUGCCCAUAAUGUUGACCAGGAUAGGACUCAUCUAAAGAGAACUAAUCUUGAUCCAUCAAGGCGAUACCUUUAUCUUCAAGUACUUGGAGGUAAGGCCUUUCUCGAGCACCUCCAGGAAUCGGAGCCUUUACCUGGUCAGGUGUGUUCUACGUUUACACUCUACCUGCACUUCCGCAACCAGAGGUUUCGCUCCAAACCAGUUCCCUGUGCAUGUGAUCCUGACCUGAAGGAAGGCUUCCUUCUAGAGAUCCACAGGGAUGCCGUUGGAGAUGGAAGCAAGAUGGUAGAUGCAACGACCAUGCUGUCUAUGUGUGAUCCAGUUCACUUUGUGCUGAUCAAGACGGACACUUCCAGUGAAACAACGCUUGUCUCCUCUCACUUUCUGGACUGGAGGAGAGUCCUCAGCUCGCCCAGUUGCAAGACAUGUUUCCCUGUAGAGCUGAUGGGAGUCGGUAGUGAGAGUAAAAUCCCUGCAGGCAUUUUGACCGUCAGCCUGGAGCUCUUCCCUCCUCUCCAAGAGACUCUGAGCGCCGAUAUCAUCAGUACACAGCAAUCACUGGAGAGGCAGAGAACGGCAGAGAAGGAAAGGCUCUUCCUGGUUUACGCCAAACAGUGGUGGAGAGAGUUCCUGGAGAUCCGAUCGUCUCACCAGUCCAAACUGGUCAAGAUCUUUGCUCAGGAUGAGAACGGGGUGAACAGGCCAGUGUGUUCCUACGUACGUGUCCUACGGGCCGGCCGCCUGCUGGAGAGCCCAAGACAGGCCGCCCGGUUCGUCAGCCUUCUCGCCCAUGAGCGAGCCCCGGUGGUGGGAGGAGGGGGCAAGCAGGAGCAGUGGUGCACACUGAUGGCUUUUCUGUGUAGAGGGAAGGGAGACUGUGAGGACCAUGCCACUCUGCUCUGCAGCCUUCUGCUGGGCUUUGGGCUGGAUGCAUAUGUCUGUGUGGGUACCAAGGCCAAGAGUGGUCCACAUGCCUGGGUCCUGACACGCGGUACUGAUGGAAGCAUCACUUUCUGGGAGAGCCUGACAGCACACAGAUAUCUGCACCGACCAAUUGAUCCAGACGCUCCCCCUCUGGCCCCCCAACCGAAAUCCUCGGCCCCUUAUCGUACCGUGGGCUGCGUCUUCAACCACCAGACCUUCCUGGCUAACUGCCAGCCUUCUGAUGCUGUGGAGCUUUGUGUCUUUGACUUCCAGAAUCCGUCACGCUGGAAGGCGAUGAGUGAAGAAGCUCUGAAGUCUGUCUGUGCUCCAGGAUCCACCACAUCUUUACCUCCUCUGCCUCCUCUCUGCGCUCCGUCUCUGGAUCCUGCUGUGGCCAGCAACCAUUUGGAGUUGGAGAUGCGCUUCCUGGUGUCAGAGCAUAGAAAGGAUCUUGAUCUGACCACAGUGUGGGACGACCACCUCUCCUACCUGCUGUCCUCGGCACUGUCGGCUUAUGAAAUGGAGCGCUGCACCGGCGUCUCCUGUGGCAACGAAGAGUUCCAGGACGCAGUAAGGAGGGCCGUGCCGGACGGACACACCUUCAAAGGGUUCCCCAUUCACUUCCUGCACCGCAACGCUCGCAGAGCCUUCGCCACCUGCCUCAGGUCUCCAUUCUGUGAAGAGAUAGUGUGUUGCCGUGGCGACCAUGUGAGGCUUGCCGUUCGUGUCCGGGUUUUUGUGUAUCCUGAGAAUGCCUGCGCAGUGUGGAUGAUGUUUGCCUGUAAAUACCGCUCUGUGCUCUGACCGCCUGAUGUCCUACGCUGCACAAAGACCCCUGCAGGACGCACGGCUCCACAAGAACACUGAUCUGACCUCAGUAAACUUGAGGAAAGAUUAUUUUAUAAAUCACUAGAAUAUUUAUGUUUGAAGACAUUUUUUUUAUUUUUGCAAAUAAACUGAAAUUUUAACAACUGCA